AUGAAGAGCCUCAUCAGCCGGUCGUCCAUUACAGGCCAGCAGCUGGCAAUUGCCGCAGUGGCACUCUGCUUGGAAAGGCCUACUAAGGCUCCUGAUGCCAUAAAUUCAACUGACAUGGUCUUGGGUAUUCCGUAUAUUAACAGGAAAUCGCGUGAUGAGCUAGAUGUGGUUGGACUCUUCUUGGAACCAUUACCAAUCCGUAUCAGAUAUACGGCGGAUGGAAGUACCGACAAGGCAGAGUCAUAUCUUAAAGCAGUACAACAAUCGGUGCAAGAGUCAGUGGGCCAUUCAAUUCACUGGGAUCAGCUGUUAGAGCAUCUUCAAGUGCGCACGUCAGCCCCAGAUCAUCCUUUGUUCGAGACCGUCGUUACGUUCCAUGGCCGGGACCAUUCGAAUGGGCUAGAAAUCUCCGCGCCAGGGUUUGAGACAUGUUACACCUUUACUGAUGGAGCCAAAUUCCGACUACUCUGUGAGUUCAGUGCUGUAUCAGAGGACAAACUGGUGUUGCGGAUGGAGUAUGACACGGACUGCUUUUCACUCGAUGAUAUACAUCUCCUGCAGACACGAAUCCCGCUUGCAAUCGCCCUUUUAGUCCAAGGAGUCCCCUAUCCAGUGAUCCGACAAAGGAUAGCCAGCUUGUGUGAUGCUCCUGUCGUCAAAGUCCUGCAACCAGACGUGGUGUUUGGGCUUCCUCUCUCCAGCAUCUAG